GCCCUUUCCGUGCAGGCCGCGCCCCCUCCGCGCCGCCCGCGCGCGCCGAGCAGCGGGAAAAGAACCGGAAGCUCCCUCAGGAGCUCCGAGACCCCCGGGACCCUCCCGAGACCCCUCCGGGGACCCCUCCGGGGCUCGGGGACCCUCCCGGGACAUCCCCGGCGCCGCCGCCAUGUCGGACUCCGGACAGAGCCCCGCCCCCGGCGCGCGGCGGCGCUGCUGGAACCGCGAGAAGGAACCGGAAGGAGGCGGCGCGGAGCGGAGGGAGGUGGGGGAGGAGCCAACGGGGCCCCUGCAGAAGACCCCGAUCAUCCUGGCCAAGCCCCCGGCCGAGCGGCAGCAGCCCCCCCCAGCCGCGCCCAAGGCGGGGCCAACCCAAGCCCCGCCCCCUCCCGCGCCGGCCCCGCCCAUCGUGCUGAUGAAAGCGCGGGGGGAGGAGGGGCGGGGCGCGGGGGGCGGGGCCUCGGCGGCCGCGGGGGAGGGGCCAACGCAAGCCCCGCCCCUGGAGAGGGAGGGGCCACGCCCCACCCAGCCUGUCUAUCAACUGCACAGCCGGGGCUUGGCCCCGCCCGCCGCGCUGGACCCCGCCCAGGCCCAGGCCCGGCUGGCGGCGCCCGAGAAGAUGAAAACCAGUAUCAAACUGGUGGACGAGCAGAUGAACUGGUGCGACAGCGCCCUGGAGUUCCUGCUGGAGCAGACGGACGUGCUGGUGGUGGGAGCGCUGGGGCUGCAGGGAACUGGGAAAUCCACGGUGCUGUCGCUGCUGGCUGGGAACCAGCCCGAGGAGGACCCGCGCUCCUUCGUGUUCCGGCCGCAGCCGCCGGAGCUGCGCGAGCGCGGGGGGGCCCAGACCGGCGGCAUCGACCUGUUCGUGACCCAGGAGCGCGUCCUGUUCCUGGACAGCCAGCCCAUCCUCAGCCCCGCCCACCUGGAUCACCUGAUCAACAACGACCGGAAGCUUCCGCCGGAGUUCGCGCUGCCCCACGCCUACGUGGAGACACAGUCCCUGCAGAUCGCGGCGUUCCUGUUCACCGUGUGCCACGUGGUGCUGCUGGUGCAGGAUUGGUUCACGGACCUGGGGCUCUACAGGUUCCUGCAGACGGCCGAGAUGGUGAAGCCGCCGACGCCGUCCCCGAGCCACGACGGAGCCGCGAGUGGGGCUGAGGAGCCCUCGGAGUAUUACCCACACCUGGUGUUCGUUCAGACCCGCGCCCCCCCCGAGAGUUUCUCCCCGCGGCGCCUGGGGCAGAUGCAGCGAGUGCUGGGCAGGCUCAUGGCUCAUUCACGGCUAAAAUAUCGAGGUUCCCUCUCCAUGCGCGACCCCUCCCCCACCCCCGGCCCCGCCCCUCCCCCCCCCGAGGCCGAGGUCAAUCUGUUCCUGCUGCCCCCCCUGGAGUCCGAGCCCGAGGACACCCUGCCCAGGGCAGGUGGGGGAGGGGCGCUGUUCCCGGCCCUGCCCCCGUUCCGGGGCCGGGGGGGGCUCGGGGGGCUCCUGGCGCGGCUGCGGGGGAGGGUCCUGGGGGCGGCGCGCUCCCAGUUAUCCCACAGCCUGCUGACCGAGAGGAACUGGUUCCACUACGCCGCCCGGAUUUGGGACGGGGUGAAGAAAUCCUCGGCCCUGGCCGAAUAUGGCCGCUUACUGGGAUGAACUGGGAGCACUGGGAUGAACUGGGAGAGCCAAUAAACCGCCUGGAACCCCC